UCUAUUCCCCUUUUGCUUCCCUAUAACACUAAAAAACUAGAUUUUUUUUUGAAGUUUUUGAUUCCAAAACAAGAGCUCUAUUAUAAACUAAUCCCCUUCUUUCUAUAGUAUAGUUUCUCUCUCUUUUUUCUCUUCAAACUCUACUAAAUUCUCCCUACUCCCCUAUAGAGUUUUUCAUCUAAAGAAUUGAAGUGCUUCCAUAAAAUAGGGAGAAGAAAAUGAGAAUGUAUUGAAAGUGAUGAUGAUAUUAAUGUCUCACCUUCCAAAAACCAAUCUUUGCUUCAAUCCAACUCUACUCAAACCCCAUUUCUACUAAUCUACCAAACUAUCAUAAAGAGGGGUUUACUCAAAUUUUCUUUAAAAGUGUCCACCAAACUUUUCUUGCUUCUUGUUCUACAAUUAAAACCCACCAAGAAAAAUCCAAUCUUUACAUAAAAAUCCAAUCUUUAAAUAAAAAAAAGGAUAUUUUUUUUGUGGGUUUCUUGAAAAUGAUUGAAAUUAUAAGAUAGGAGCUUUUCUUGAUUUGUUGUACCAUUAAAAAUUUAAAACCCACAAAAAAAAUCCAAUCUUUUUUAUUGUGGGUUUGUUGAAAAUGACUGAAAUUAUACAACCCCAACAUGAGUUACCUUCAUCUUCAAGCUCCAUUAGUAUACUACCAUGUUUAGUAGCUAGAGAUAAUGAUGGGUCUCACCAAGAAAGUCUAAUUAGUGGACCCAAUUUGUAUUCUGUUGUAGAUGUAUACAGAGGGGGAAAUAAUACUGAGGUACAAGUAAGAGGAGUUAGUAUUUCUGGUAGAAAAAGAGAGAGAAAAAGGAGAGAAAGAGAAGAAGGGGGAGAUCAGCUGUCUUUGUUAACACUUUGUUUAACUGGUUUUAGGAAAUCUUUGGUUGCUUGUAAGAGCAAUUUUGAUAUUAUUAGUGGUGUUGGUGUUGAAGAGCUGCUUUCUUCUUCUUGUUCUGGUUUUAGUUCUAGUUCUAGUUCUGCUAAUUCAUCAAUGGAGAUUAGUUGGCCUAGUAAUGUCAGACAUGUUGCUCAUGUCACUUUUGAUAGGUUUAAUGGAUUUCUUGGACUUCCUGUUGAGUUUGAACCUGAAGUACCUAGAAGACCUCCCAGUGCCAGUACAAGAGUCUUUGGAGUUUCGACAGAUUGCAUGCAGCUUUCAUUUGACUCUCGAGGAAAUAGCGUCCCCACAAUCCUUCUGAUGAUGCAAGGGCGCUUAUACGUUCAAGGUGGCUUGCAGGCUGAAGGGAUCUUCAGGAUCAAUGCCGAAAAUGGCCAAGAAGAAUUUGUCAGGGAGCAGCUAAAUAGGGGAAUUAUUCCAGAUAACAUUGACGUCCAUUGCCUAGCAGGUCUUAUAAAGGCUUGGUUCAGAGAGUUACCAACGGGAGUUUUGGAUUCUCUCUCGCCAGAGGAAAUUAUGCGUUCUCAAUCGGAAGAAGAGUGUGUGCGGCUCGUGAGACUUCUUCCUCCAACUGAAGCUGCUCUAUUAGAUUGGGCUAUUAACUUGAUGGCUGAUGUUGCUCAACUGGAAAGUUUUAACAAGAUGAAUGCACGUAAUAUUGCUAUGGUGUUUGCUCCAAAUAUGACACAGAUGGCAGAUCCGUUGACUGCUUUGAUGUAUGCAGUUCAAGUUAUGAACUUCCUCAAAACUCUAAUUCUCCGGACUUUGAAAGACCGAGAAGAAACUGUUGUAGAAGCUGGUCCUGCACCAGAAUUGGAACCAUUCGAUGAAAAUGGACAUCAUAGUGCUUCACAGCCAAUAGUUCAGAAGUCUAACGAGAUCGAGGAGGAUAUCCUUAUAUCCCAAGGACGACCCUCAAGUGGCGCUGCUAAUUCUACCCUCAGAGAGAUAAUAGUUGAGAAUAAAUCCCAUGGAUUACCGUGUACCAUAGAGAACGUUCUUCAGGAAGAUGCGUUCGUUGAUUGUCUCAGUGAAAUCUCAAACCUGCCAGACAGCACAAAGGAUGAGCUUGGAUCUGGUAACAUCAAUUCAACAAGUGGAAGAAGUCAGCCAAAAAUACGAAGGACUAAAAGCGUGCAUUCGAGUAGUUCUAGUCUGAAAGGAUCAAAGAAAAUGAUUGAAUGGCCAAUAGGUCAUGUAGCUGGAAAUUUAGAGAAAGGCAAGGGGGUCAGAAUCAUCGAUAGGUUGAAUUCGACAACAGAAAGGGUGGAAGCAUGGCGAUGAACACGCCUCGCCUCAAUGGGCCAUUGUUGCUGCCUCAUCAAGAAGUUAAAUGGUUGUGAUUUAUGUUUGAAAAAAAGACAAAUGUAUUAUCCAGUUAUGUUUGUGCUUGGAUAUUGGUUACUUUCUUAGUAGUUCAAACAGGAAUUCUGUCACCUUUCCCUCUAGGCAUGUUUGGCUGGGGAAACUAGCAGGAUGAAUGUAAUUUAUGUGUUCUUUUUUUU